UUGGAGGGAAACCACCAAAACCCCCAAAACCCUUCCCCCAUUUCCUUCCCCGAUCAAACAGCCGCCAAAAAUCGAAUUUCCUUCGAGAAGGAUGAGGCGCCGGAACCUAGUUGUCCAUUCCGAUUCCGACGAGGACGACGGCGAGGGCACGCCCACCGCCACCCCCGCCUCCGCUUCGGCCUCCGUCGCCGGCGGCGGCGGCAGCGGAAGCGUCGGCCGGCCCUCGCCCUCCUCAAACCCUAGCCCCCUCCCGGUCCCCAUCCCUUCCCUCUCGCAGCCCUUCGAUCCCGUCGUGAUCUCCGACGACGAUGCGGAGGAGGAGGUCGACGAGAUUGUGGACUCCGACGGGGACUUCCCCAUCGUCGACGCCCCCGAGGUUAUCUCCCCGCCGCCGCCGCCGCCGCCACCUCCCGCCCCCGCUCCCUCUCCCCCUCCUACCGCUACCCCGUUCCGGACCCCAACCCCAACCCCGCCUCCUCCCGCCCCCGCCCCCGCCCCCGCUCCCGCUCCCCCUCCUACCACUACCCCGUUCCGGACCCCAACUCCGACCCCACCUCCGCCGCGGACCCCAAUCCCGACUCCGCCUCCUCCCAUGCCCGCUCCGGGCACCUCUCCUACCACUACCUCGUUCCGGACCCCAACUCCGACUCCACCUCUGGGGCGGAUGCCGCCUUCAACAGCGCCUCCGCACCCGAGCCCGCCGCCGUCGGCGCUGAGCGGGCGGCUGCACCCGGUGUACGAGCUCCUGCGGGGGCUCGGGCUGCGGCUCCGGCCGGAGUGGCUCGAGUCCUGCGCGGCGGGCAUUCCCGGCUUCGACGGCCUCUGCGCGGAGGCGCAGGCCAGGCGGUGCUUCGAGCAGUUCCUCUUCGCCGACAUGAACGCCUGCGGGGCUGGGGUCCUCCCGGAGGGUGUUGGGAGCAUGCACGCCGCCGUCCUCGAUGGCCCCUUCGUGCUCCAGGUUGAUGAAAUUGUCAACAUGUCAGCUCCUUUGAAGGAAAGAUAUCGUGAUGCACAUGCGGGGCCAAAACGAUGCUUAAAACUGUCAAUGACAGAUGGCAUCCAACGCAUAUUUGGAAUGGAAUACAGGCCUAUCAAAGACCUGGCAGUUCUAGCUCCUGCUGGACUAAAGAUUAUUAUAAGGAAUGUGCACAUAAGGAGGGGGCUUCUUGUGUUAGUUCCCGAGGUUAUUGAUAUUCUUGGGGGCAUAGCUGAUGAAUUGGAAGCAGCGCGUGAUAGACUUGUGUCUGAAGUAAACAAACCACCUCGUGGGAAAAGGAAGCAAGGUGGGUUACCAUUGUCUUCAAGAGCCAUUCUAACUGCCUGGCCAUGUAGUACCAAUGUUACAAAUGGUGGGCAAGGGAUCUCAAUGCCUGGAGCAGUUAAUUCUUCUCAUCCAACAGGAUUUGGUACUAUAAGGCCAUGUACCAAUGUGACGAAUGGUGGUGAGCAAGGGAUCUCAAUGCCAAGAGCAGUUAAUUCCUCUCAUCCAACAGGAUUAGGUAUUGGUAGAAGUACAGAAACUGUGGUUGAAGAGCAUGUUAGCCCUCCUGUAGUAGUUAACACUGUCCAAGAGCAAAUCCAGGGUGUCCAAGACAUUAACAUGGAGGAUCCAUCUACUUAUGAUACCAGGAAAAAUACAGAAACUUCUGCACAUACUGCCCAUGAAUAUAAUCGCACUCAUAUAAAUGAAACAAGUACACAGACUAUCAUAGAAGAAUGUGUUGUCCCUCCUAUUAGAGCAAACAAUGCCCAUGAACAAAUACGUUUGAUUAAUGGAUCAACAACCAAACCACAAGAUAUCACCAUGCAGGAAUAGGUCUCUGGUAUGACCGCAUCAGCUGUGUCUACCCCUUUUGGGUAUGAUUCCCGACAUGGGUCACAUGUUGAUUAUGGCACUGCUGCUAAUGAUGUGGAGACUGCACUGUCUCCAAAUGUUGACAGGAUUAAUCAUAUGGAAUAUUCUUUCAUUCUAAGUGGUGAAAAUGAAAAACCAUUUACAUACAUUUGCAGCCUGCUUGAUGACUGGGGUAGACAACAGGAUACAAAACCCUACAUUCAAGGAAAAAUCAAGGGUCUGAUCACUUCUGUCAAAAGUUUCCAAUAUAGACAACGUACCAAAUAUGAGCUUUAUGUAUAUAUAGAUGAUGGGAGUUUUAUUUCGGAGGCCAUUGUUGACCAUGAUAUUGUGAAGAACAUGCUUGGUCUUUCUCCUGGAGAGGUCACUGCAGCUCUUGCUGGUGAAUUCGAGUUAGCAUCAGCCAGUGAAGUAAAAGAAACUAUGAGAGGGUUUCAGAGUUUUUUGGUGAAAUUUGAGGGUAUGAUGCUUAUUGAGUGCAACAAAGACUUUUCUAUUCCUAUCGUACGUGAGUUCAAUGAAGGUUGUUCAAGUUCUAAUACAUGGCUUCUGCUCAGAAGGCUGAAAACAUUUUCAUCUCAAAGAAACAUGCAAAGUCUGGAUGCUAUGGAUACCACUCCAUGAUAAUUUUUAUCCUUAUAUGAUUGCUGAUGAUGCAUACACAUAUAUUGCUACCCUAUUGAUGAACUAGGCCAUUGGCCAUGUGCAUCUGUGAAGUAUCAGUACUUAGGUUCAGGCUUCAGACACCCGUUGGCUUCUUGUAUAUCUUAGUGUAAUUAUCCUUUCUAUGUGUUGGUCCUCGUGCUUUAUUCUGAGCAUUUUAAUCCACACUGAUUCACGUCACUUGAUAUCAUA